AUGCAAAGAUCACAAAAUUAUUAGUUUGGAGUUAUUUUUGCAAGGAAAGACAGUAGAGAAUAGUGGCAAUAAUUUGAAAACUUAAAAGCUAUUCUAGAUUUAGAAUUUCCAACACUUUAACAUUUAGGGCCUGUAUCCAUAUAGUUUUUUUUAUUUUUCAAUUAUUUUCAAUGAGGAGAGGGUGCAUGCAGCCACUUUUUUUAUGCACAUUCUUUUCUUUCUCAUAAAGUUUCAUUAAGGGCAUCAGAAAAAGAAAGAACAUCUUCAAUUGAGGCCACACGCGCACAUUUAAAUCUGUAAUUAUAGUCAAUGUUGUUACUUGUGCUCAGGAUGGACUCACUUGGCAUGAGUUACAUUUUAUAUUGUCAGUUAGAGAAAAACUGACAAACCAGCCAACCCAACUCAGGAUUCUUCUGAAUACCGACACAUGUAGGAACUUGAAUGUGGUAUGUAGAGGCUGUGUCACAAAAGAGGAACUCUUCUCUGAACCACUGCAGAGAUUCAAUUUAUAUAUAUUCUAUCUAACACUUCACGAGGGAGGGAACUGUACUAACUGCUGUCCAGAGGUCAAUGAAUAACACAUUUUGUCAACGGAUCUCUUUAGACUAAGGCAAAUUUCUGCCUCCUGUUUACAUCUUAGUCUUCAUCAUUGGUCUGGCAGCUAAUGGAUGGGGAUUGAAGUCUCUUCAGCAGAACUGGAAGAAACUGGGGAGCAUCAAUAUUUUUGUUCUCAACCUUGGACUUGCAGAUAUUCUGUAUCUGCUCACGCUCCCAUUUUUGGUGGUGUACUACUUCAUGGGGAGUAAAUGGAUCUUUGGAGAUGUGUUCUGCAGGAUAACAAGAUUCUUCUUCAACCUGAAUUUAUACGGCAGCAUUGGGUUCCUUACUUGUAUCAGUGUGUACAGGUACCUAGCUAUUGUCCAUCCAAUGAGAGUGAUGGGAAGAAUAACUGUCACCCACUCUGUGGGGAUCUCAGUCAUGGUUUGGCUGUUGGUGAGUGUUCAAAGUCUUCCAGACAUGUUCUACAAUAAAACAUUUGGAAACAAGACGUUAAAAUGCUACGACACCACCAGUAACAUCUAUGUUGAGGAUUACCUGAUAUACAGCCUCGGAUGGACCCUCACUGGCUUUUGUAUCCCAUUCCUCAUCAUACUGGGCUGCUAUGGACAUAUGAUUGUUUUUCUCUGCCGCACAAGAAUCUCUGAUGAGGUUCUGAAACGGAGAUGCUUGAAGCUGUUGUGCAUCUUCUCGGUUUGUUACGCCCCCUAUCACGUAUUCAAGAACCUCAACCUCUGGUCAAGAGUUCUGUUCAGACAGAAGAUAUGCGGUGAGUGGUUUCAUGGAGUCUACAUUUCUCAUCAGAUAAGUCGUGGCCGUGUGUCUCUGAACAGUGCUCUCACCCCUCUGGUUUACCUCCUUGGAAAUGAAGAUGUUCCUGCUCAGCUCAGAUAACGACUCCAGCAAGCUUGUCAGAUAUUCAGCCGCUUGAAUCUGUCAAACUCCGGCUGUCUGCCUGUUGCACAAACUGCAGAUGAAGUUGAACCAGAGUUAAGACGUUAAAAUUAAUUGUUCAAGCUCAAACGGUAUGCAGCUGUCCAUCACAACUAGUGAACAAUGUGUAUGACAUUGUUAGCUGUUUUCUUAUGUGUUGGCUUUUUGCUUGAAAAAUGCUAGACAGU